AUGAGUAGACGAGGUCCCAGUGAAGCGGAGGGGACGAUCCACCAGGCGGCCCUGGCUGCGCCAAAGCAGGAAUUAACGAUCAAGCAAGUAGAAGCACUUGUGCCCGAUGCCAAAGCCAGGCAGAAGGCUCUAAACGCCCUACUGGCUCGAGGCUUCAUCAAGGCACUGCAAAGUUCCAGCGGACUUAGCUUCAGAGCCCUGUCAAAGAAUGAAUUGAAUGCGACGAAGGAUCUGACUGCGGAGGAAGUCCUUGUAUACAGUCAUAUCCAAGGUUCCAAGAACGAAGGGAUAUGGACGAAGCAGCUGAAGGCGAAGACAAACCUGCAUCAAACGGUCAUUGACCGAUGCUUGAAGACGCUGACACAGAAGGCCAUGAUCAAACGGGUCCCUUCCGUUCAGCAUCCGACACGCAAAAUCUACAUGCUGGAAGGGUUGGAGCCGUCCAUCGCUCUCACAGGAGGUCCUUGGUAUACAGAUAACGAGUUUGACACGGAGUUCAUCAAACUUCUCAUGAGCGCCAGCCUGCGGUUCAUACAGGAAAAGAGUUUCCCUAAACGUCGAAGUUCUUCGCAGUCUCAGCAGCCAGUAUUGUACUCCAUCAGCAAAGCACCGGAGUAUCCCACGGCCCAAAACGUACGAACCUUCCUGAAGCAGAGCCGAAUCACGGAGACGGAUUUGUCCGUAGAGCACAUUGAAAUGCUGCUGAACGUCCUUGUAUUGGAUGGAGAGAUUGAAAAGCUUCCUGCAUUUGGCGCCACUUUGUGGGACUCGAAUGUGAUAAACGACGAUGCAUCUUCAGAUGAACGGCCGUCUAAAAAGAAACGCAAAAAUGCCCACGCGUCGGACUCAGAUAGCGAUUCUCGUUCUAACAAAUCAAAGCGGAAGAAAAGGGGCUCCAAGGACGACGAUAGAUCGAAAUCCAAACGGUCGAAAUCCAAGAAACGGCAUCGUGAAGACGACAGCGGCGACGAGUCCGAACCCUCUCACUCUAAGAAAAAGAAGAAAACUAAAGUAAAGACGGAAUCCGCUUCCGAGAGCGAGAGCAGUGAUGACGCUAAGCAACGGAGGAAGAAGUCCAAAAAGAAGUCCAAAAAGCACGAGUCGUCCGGCAGCGAGACCGACUCUUCAGAGACAUCCGACUCUGAUAGUGAAUCUGAAUCUGAAUUUGAUUCCGCAAAAUCUAAAAAGCGCAAGGCAUCCAAGUCUCGCGAUCGUUCCUCAUCUCCAGCAGAUUUCAACGCAUUCGACGAUUUCGUAGGCGGGGCCAAUAUCUAUCGGGCGAUUAAACAGGAAAAAAUGGCCCUUGGAUGGUCACAAGCACCCUGUGGCAACUGCCUCUCCUUCGAUUUCUGCAAGGAAGGUGGUCCAGUUAAUCCGCGGGAGUGUGUGUACUACAGCGAAUUUCUUCUUCAGCCGGUUGGAGGAAUGAAUAUUGAAGAAGCGGAGGGGUUGAUCACAGAGUGGUAG